AUGAACGAUGGAAAUCUGAACGACGUACCAGACUCGCGGUGGUCAUGCGAGACGGCCCUGGAGGGAACAGAGUUCGAGUGCUACGCGACCUUCGAUCUCGGCUCGUCGCAGAGCCUCAUCAAGCUUACCAUAUACUUCUAUAAGAGCAACGAAGAGGACAGAGUUACGAACCCCUUCGUCGUGUCCACUUCCACCGACGGCACCACCUUCACCACCUCCUUCGAGGACAUCAACACCAUACCGACCCCGCUCGGAGAGGGCGAGGACUUCGCCUUCCCCACGGGCUCCAGCGGGCGGUACGUGCGGUUCACGGGCGACCUCGCGGACGACCAAUGGCUGAGCGUCAACGAGGUUGAAAUAUAUGUGGACGUCGCCACGCCUGCCCCUGUGGCGCCGGAGACACCUGCCCCCAUCCCCCCACCAACCCCCGUGCCUACGGUAACAGCUACAGCUGCUCCCAUCCCCCUCAACCUCUAG